ACGCCCCCCGCCGCCUUGGCGCGCUUUUGACAGUGUCUUCCCUUUCUCCUUGUACUUUUCGCAGGGUCCGGGUUGCUCGUCGAGCUCCGUUCUCUCUCAUUAGCCCUGCGGGGCCCCCCUCCGGGCGUAGCGAUGAGGCGGACCCGCGCGGAGGUGGACGCGACGCUCCAGAUCGCCAAGCUGAAUGCGGCCGAGCUGCUGCCGGUGGUGCACUGCCUGGGCUUCGGCCCCGGGGCCGGCGCCGCUGCCGGCGACUUCUGCCUGCUGGAGCUGGAGCCCGCGCUGUGCCAGCAGCUGGAGGCCGGGCACAGUCUUGUGAUUCGGGGUGAUAAAGAUGAGCAGGCUGUGCUGUGCAAUAAAGACAAAACGUAUGACUUGAGAACAGCAGACACUUCCAAUAUGUUGCUUUUUAUUCCUGGUUGUAAAACUCCCGACCAGCUGAAGAUGGAGGAAACACAUUGUAACAUUAUUCACACUGAGAUCUUUGGUUUUUCUAAUAAUUAUUGGGAAUUAAGAAGAUGCAGACCUAAAUUAAAGAAGCUAAAGAAACUUUUGAUGGAAAAUACCUAUGAAGGACCCGACAGUCAAAAAGAAAAGGAUUCAAAUCAUUCAAAAUAUACAACUGAAGAUUUGCUUGAUCAAAUUCAGGCAAGCGAGGAAGAAAUAAUGGUCCAGUUACAAGUUCUAAAUGCCUGUGAGAUUGAAGGUUAUUGGAGGAUUCUUGAAUUUGAUUAUGAGAUGAAACUUCUAAAUCACGUAACUCAGCUUGUGGAUUCUGAAUCUUGGUCUUUUGAUAAAGUUCCUUUGAAUACUUGCCUUCAGGAACUUGGACCACUGGAGCCAGAGGAAAUGAUUGCACACUGUCUUAAAUGUUAUGGAAAGAAAUAUGUAGAGGAAGGUGAAGUUUAUUUUGCACUGAGUGCUGAUAAAAUAUGCAGAGCAACAGCACAGAUGCUCCUUCAGAAUGCAGUGAAAUUUAACCUCGCUGAGUUUCAAGAAGUGUGGCAACAGAGUGUUCCCGAAGGAAUGAUAACUAGUCUUGAUCAGCUUAAGGGGUUAGCCUUGGUGGAUAGACACUCAAGACCAGAAAUCAUAUUUUUGCUAAAAGUAGAUGAUUUGCCUGAGGAUAAUCAAGAACGUUUUAACAGUCUAUUCUCUCUAAGGGAAAAGUGGACAGAAGAAGACAUUGCUCCAUAUAUUCAAGAUUUGUGUGGAGAGAAGCAAACCAUAGGUGCAUUACUCACUAAAUAUUCUCGCUCUUCAAUACAAAAUGGUGUUAAAGUUUACAAUUCCAGAAGACCCAUUUCUUAAAAGAACAACAGUCUGUUCUUUGGGACUAAAGUUGCUUCAUAAAGUUGAUGGUUAUAAGAAAAAGAUUAUUGCAUAUAUUUGUAUUCCAGCUUUUAAGAAACAUGCUUUGAAACAUUUUUCUCCUAAUCCUAAGCAUUUUGAAACUACUGCUCUUUUUCCCUUAAAUGUAAUAGGAUAUUUCUAUAUCUUUCAAUUUAUUUUUUCAUUACGCAUACAGUGUAAACAAGGACAAAAGAAAGUUAUUCCCUAUAUUUAGUAUAUCUCGAGUCUAUGUGGUUUUAUUUACAGAAAAGUGUUGCCUUUUUUAUAUUUAAAAUUGCAUUCCUUUAAUUAGGAUUUGACGUUCUAAUCAUUAACAAAUUUAAAGGCUUUUUCAGAGAACUAAAUAGUAAUAGUUUCCUAGAAGAGUAAUUAUUUAUUCACUUAAAUGUCAUUUCUCAAGUGAUUUCCCCUCUAUUUUCAACAUUCCACCAAGACAGGGAGUCACUAGAUCCUCUGUUACCUAACUUAGUCAUUUGCAUUGAUGAAAUUGGCUUGGUAAUAGCUGCUAUGUUGCCUGGCUGAUGUCCAUGUGCACUUUGGGGUGAAAUGGAUUUGAUCCUCAAUCGUACGUGAAGAAUACUAAUAGAGCAAUUUAUAAUCCCAUAAUGGAGAAAACUGACACGGGUAGUACUGGAAAACUGCAAGUAAUGUCUGAUGGGUUUUGGAAUGCUUGAUAAAGUUCCUUUAUAGCUUUAUUUUCCUGAUUUGUAUUCAUUUAGACCAAAGGUCAGAUUAAUUUUAACUUAGCUAAUAAACCUGUCACCAGGACAGUUUGAGGGCUUAGGCCAAAGAUAAAUCUGAUCCAAGGUAGAAAAAAUGUUAAUGCAUAAUCCACAAUUACCUAACCCAAGAUUUAACUGUUAUUGAAAUUUACAACUGUUUUAUUCUCUUGUACAUGAACUGCAAAUGUCGAUGGCUUCAAAAUAUUUGUCUUUUCGGGCGCCUGGGUGGCUCAGUUGGUUAAGCGACUGCCUUCGGCUCAGGUCGUGAUC